AUGAUUGUCUGGGUCCUGUUCUUGCUCUUCGGGCUGGUCGCGGGCCGCGGACGCAUCUAUGAGGUCCCGCCGGGCUACCCUUCCAAGCUCCGGAUUGGCGUUUUGUCCACGCGCGGGGUCGCGCGCGACCAGGCGGAGUUCGGCCCGCUGUUCGGCCCAGGCGGGUUCAUUGAGCAAGAGCUGCAGAAGACCGACCCUGCGAUGACCGUGGAGAUGCAAAUGAUGCUGUUCUCAACGGCCUACGAGUACGUGGAGUCGACCGACCCGGCGAAGAGGGUCGACUUCGUGUUCGUGGAUCCGUCGCUGCACAUGUGCUUCUCGUCGGAGUUCAACGUCAACUUCCUCCUCACUCGGCGCACCAAGAUCCGCCUCCAGAAUGGCACCGAAGUCGCGCUCGGACAGAAGGGCGGCGUGAUCUUCCGGCUGGCCGAGCGCACAGACAUUGCGACCCUCGAAGACGUGCGAGGCAAGAUCAUAGACUCGAACGACCUGACGGCGCUGGGAGGCCACCAGACGCAGUGGCUCGAGCUGCAGGACGUGGGCGUCAACAUCCUCGGGAGGGACGUGCGGCAGCUGCGGUUCGUUCGGGACGAGGCCGAGGUGGUGAACAACGUGCUGGCGGGCAGGGCCGAUGUUGGGUUCGUGACGACGGGCACGAUCGAGGAGCUGGUGAACGACGGGCAAGUGCCCGCCGGGCGGCUGGUGCCCGUGCAUCUGGACGCGCUCGCGAUCCAGGACAACUACCCGCUACCUGUCUCGUCGGGACUCUAUCCAGAGUGGGGCUUCGGGUCCCUGGAGCACGUCCCGCUGCCCAUCCAAAUCAUGGUGCGGGCGGCGCUGCUGCAGCUCCGCGAGACGGACGCCGCGGCGCAGGCGGGCAGAUUCUUCGGGUGGGACGUGCCCUUGUCGUACACCAAGGUCCGCAACCUGCAGGAGAAGCUCAGGCUCACGGACAACCAAGGCACGUGCAAGAGGUCGUUCCAGGGGUACGAGUCGGUGGUGUGCCCGCCUGGGUUCGCGAAGAAGAGCAAGGCCGUCGUGGAGGCGACCGCGAGCGACGUGGACCUGCCCUGCCCUGACGGAUACGAGUGCUUCCGCGAACCCUGCCUGGAGCUCCCGGACAUUCCUUUCACGGUGCACGUCGAGCUCAGGCGCUCCGUGACCUCGAACGAGGAGCCCCCGGCGAUAGGAGGCAGGUGCGGGCUGAUGGACGUCUGUCAAGCGAUAGAGCAGGGCGACGAGCUCGUCAUCACCGUCGUCGACGAGGCGGCCCUCAUCCACACGUCCACGGACAUUCCGCGGCCCGACACCGUCGAGGUCCGCGUGCAUGCCCCCGAGGGCGACAGGUGCACGGACCCGGCCCGCCCCGGGGAGCUCGUGCCCUGCCAGGCCAACACCAUCCUUCGCAGCGCCGCCCUGACCUCCCCAGCGCGGCGCCAACUCGCCGCCAGCCCACAGGCCAUCCCGGUCCGCGCUAUCGCGGGCACGAACCCGCGCCAGGUCCUCGCGCAGCUGUCGUUCACGCUCAAUGCUACUGGCACGGCUGUCGUGGAAGUGCUCAUCGACGACGUCCAGGCCCCGUCGUCGCCCACGCUCGUCUCGAUCGCGCCGAAGGACUGUUCGGCGACGCUCGCCGGCGCGCUCCCUGACGGCGCGGGCACCUGCGUCUGCCCCGCCGGGACGCAGCCUCAGGGUGCAUCGUGCCAACCCGAGACCAACUGGUACGACUCGAUCGGGGGCAGCGGCGGGGGCGUGGGCGUCGUUGUGGGGUCGGUGCUGGUCGCGAUCGCGAUCAUGGCGGCGGUGGCGGGCUUCGUGUGGCGGAGGGCACGCCGCGGGCAGUAUCUGAUCGACCCGCAGGACCUGGUGUUCUGCGACCCUCCGAUCCUGCUGGGGUGCAGCAGCACGGGGCUCCUGCUCAGGGCGGAGCUGCGCGGCGCGCCGGUGACCGUGCGGCAGCUGUACUUGUCGGAGAGCACCGCGCCUGAGCCGGCGCGCAGGUUUGGCAGGAGCGCUCGCUACGAGGAGCUGUACAACGAGGUGUCCGCGUCGGGGCACGCUGCGGCUAAGAACUCGCCGAAGACGCCGCGGUCGGUCGUCAGCUUCUUCGAGCAGGCCGAAGUGGCCAACUCUGGCCGACCAGCAGCAGUCCACCAGUCCAGCCGCCUGCGCAAGAGCAGCAUGUUCAUGGACCGCGCCGAGGGGGAGCAUGCGCCGACGCGUCGCUCAGAGCACAUCAACGAGCACGAAGGACCCUCGCGGGCGAACACAAGGAGAGAGAAGAGACAGACCGACAGCGCCGCUUGCGUCCCGACAAACUUCCACAGUGACAAUCUCGACAGCCAGCAAAAGCCAGGACAGCUCGCGAGCUCGUAUCCGGGCUCGACGUGCCCUGAUGAUUCGUGCCCCGGCAACUCGGGCCGCGGUUCGGCCCCUGGGACGUCGCUGGGCAAGGUGUUGCGCAACGGCUCCCAGGACCUCCACCACAAGCCGCCGCCUCCUCCCGUGGUUCGAGUACCGGCUCUGGGCGACUCGCGCGAGCCGGAGACGCUGCCGGGGACCUCGACCGCGUCGUCGCACGGCAACGGCGCGCCGAAGCCGCUGCCCGGCAGCGUCGCAGGGAGCACCUUUGGGGACGACGACGACCUCGAGGCUGGCUCACCGCGUCCCGACAACAUCCAAGUCUCGCACGCCAAGUCCGGCAAGAUCGUUCCUCUGGAGGGCGCGAAGUCGUUUGCAGUGGCCCGCGGGCCGAAGAAGGCGGCGCCGCUGGCGAACUCGAUCAAGCAGGUUUUGGCGCAGGAGAUGAGGGAGCGCGUCCGCGUGCGGCACCCAAACGUGGUGACUGUGCUGGGUGGCGUCGCGGAGGAUCCGCCGUGCGUGGUAUACGAGGACGUCGAGUACGGCACGCUGCGGGGCUUCUUGAAGGACACGGCGGCCAACCUGAGCGUCUCGCACUGCGCCGCACUCCUGUUUGGCGUGGCGAACGGCAUGUCGUUCCUGCACAAGAGUCAGCCGCAGGUCCUGCACGGCAACCUCACGGCCGAGUGGGUGAUGCUCACUGGCUCGCUGAAGCCCCUGGUCUCCAACGUCACCAUCACGGACGAGUGGCGCCGCCUGCUGCUGGCCAAGCGCAACAACGCCCCGCCUGGCCCGCACAUCGCGCCCGAGCUCUAUUCCGACGACAAGGUCUGCAGCGCGGAGGGCGACGUUUACGCCUUCGCGUUCCUCAUGGCCGAAGUGUUCGCCGUGCUCGACACCGCCGCCGCCAAGUCCUCGGCAGGCGGGGACGGGCGCCAGUCGGACAUCAACGAGCUCAGUGGGCGCGACUUCCUCGGGGAGACGAAGCACCGCGUCCAGAUCGUUUCCGAGGGCAGUGGCGACACUCUCCGGUUCCGGCCGCUGCCCCCGACCAAAAUGCCCGAGGCCGCCCGCCAACUGAUGCUCGAGUGCUGCCACCGCAACCCCGCGCGCCGCCCGGACUUCGACGACAUCGCGGAGCGCCUCGGCGUGCUCUGCGGCGGCAAGGACACCCUUGCGCAGCUCCUGAUGUGGAACACCGCCGCCCAGGACCGCCGCCACGGGAACCUGCCCCCGAAGAUUGCCCACAUGCUGGCACAGGGGCAGGACGUCGAGCCUGAGAAGCACGAGGAGGUCACCAUCGUCUUCACAGACAUCGUGGGCUACACGGACAUGUCUGCCAAGCUCGAUCCGAAGCAGAUCUCCGACACGCUCGGCGUCCUGUUCGCCAAGUUUGACGCCCUGUGCGACAAGCACGGCAUCUGGCGCGUCGAGAUCAUCGGCGAUGCCUUCAUGGGAGCCGGCAACCUGCACGAGAAGGCGCCCGACCACGCGCUGCGCGUGUGCCGCUGGGCGCUCGACGCCGUCAAGGCGGCCGCGGAGGUCCCAGUGUGCCCCGCGCAUCCCGAGAUGGGCAACAUCCGCAUCCGUGUGGGCCUGCACUGCGGGCCCGUCACCGCGUCCGUCUUCAUCGGAGCGCAGGGCGCGCGCUUCGCGCUGUUCGGCGACACCGUCAACGUCGCGGCGCGCAUGGAGUCGCUCUCGCGGGAGGGCUGCGUACAGCUGUCGUCGACGGCCCGCAAGAUCGUGGACAAGCAGCUUGCGGUGGAGCAGGGCCGCCUGAAGCGGCUCAACUCGUCCGUGACGUCGCUCAAUGCGCUGGCGGAGAUGGCCUCUGGAAGCUCGGAGGGCCUGCCCUCUGUGUGGCCUGCGUCGCUGAUGUUGCGGGAGCGCGGCCCUAUUCAGGUCAAGGGCAAGGGCAUGAUGACUACGCACUGGCUGCUGGUGCCCGGGGGCAACGACCCGGACGGGAUGGCCGACCACGACACGACAGGGAAGUGA